CAGAAUUAUCACAACUUCCCAAAUCAGUCAUGGGUAAGAAAAGAAAGGCCGGCGGUCGUCCAGCGGCCAAAAAUACCGACAAAGAAGAGCCCUAUAGAUUCGACAUUGAGGAGAGAUUUGAUGAUUCUGAGGAUGAAUUCCAGGCUGGUCGAGACCAGAUUUUGCUGGACGAAGCGCCAGAAGCAAAGAGACGACGCAAGGUCGCAGAGGAUGAGGAAGCGCUCCAAUUAUCAGACGAGGAGGUCCUGGGCUACGAGUCCGUCGACGAGGACGAAGAUCUGGAGGAUGAGGACGAAGAAGAUGAGGUCGAUUAUGACGACGAUGAUUUAGAGCAAUUCUCAUCAAAAUCCAAGAAGAAACGGAGUGGAAGCCUGGGAUCCGAGGAGGAGGAAGAGGCUCUUGCCGCUUGGGGCUCAUCCAAGAAAGAUUUCUACCACGCUGAUCAAAUCGAAACGGAAGCCGAUGCUCUUGAGGAGGAAGAGGAAGCGAAAAGACUACAGCAGAAGCAUCUACGGGAAAUCAACGAAGAGGACUUUGGUUUUGACGAGACCGAAUGGAUCGAGUCCGGCAAAGAUGACGCUAAGGAUGACACUGGAGCCAUGACCGAAGUCCUGCCGCAGCUGGAAAUCACAGACGAUAUGGGCACAGAGGAAAAGCUAAAAAUACUGAAGUCAAGAUACCCCGAGUUUGAACCUUUGUCAAAGGACUUUCUCGACCUUCAACCCACAUAUCAUUCUCUCACAAAUGCCGCUAAAGCUUCUACCGUGACCGAAGAUGCGGAUCAUGCCCCCGUUGCCAUUAUCAAGCAUCGCGCUUUGUCAGCCUAUCUAGGUGCAAUCAGCAUGUACUUUAUGCUUCUAACCUCCGCCAAUGAGACUUCCGACAACCUCACUGCAUUAUCUCCAGCUCAAUUACGCUCGCAUCCGGUCAUGAACUGCCUCGUAAAGUUCCGGAAGCUUUGGGAAACCGUCAAGGACCUCGCUGAGGUUGAGAGCAAAUCUCAGGAAGAGAUUGAGGAAGACAUUGAGAGCGAUAUAGACGUUGAUGUUCCCGAUGUCGACGACGACGCAACAAUGGACAAGGAACUCAAGUCGCCCAAGGAAAAGAAUAAGAAGAAGCUCUCCAAGGCCCAACGCAUUGCCGAAGCAGUAAGGGCGGAAGCGGAAGCCCAGAGAGCCAGGAAACUCGAAGAGACAGAAGCAAACCUCGCAGGCUUAUCGAAACUUGUUACAGAACAAAUCCGGAAACGUGCCAGUCAGAGAACGAAUGCCCCGACAAAAGACGCCGACGAUUCUGACUUUGGUGACGAGGACGCCCUCACGGCCAAAGAAGCUGAAGAGAAGGCCAAAGAGAAACGCUCCCUCCGCUUCUACACCUCCCAGAUUGCACAGAAGUCCAACAAGCGAACCGCAGCUGGCCGUGAUGCGGGUGGUGACGCGGAUAUUCCUUACCGUGAGCGCCUGCGGGAUCGUCAGGCUCGCUUGAACGCAGAGGCCGAGAAGCGUGGUAGGUCAAAGGCCGAGGGCGCUGAGGAGCUUGGCGGAGACAGUGACGAUGAAGACCACCGGGUCGCUCAGGAGCUCAGGAAGGGCGGGGAUGGCGAAUCAGAUGAUGACUACUAUGACAUGGUUGCGGCCCGCACCAACAAGCGCAAAGCGGAUAAGAAAGCCUUCGCCGAAGCCCAAGCCCAAGCCGCUCGUGAAGGAGGCCAUGUCGAGAUUCAAGAAGAGAUUGGUCCCGACGGGAAACGUGCCAUCACAUACCAGAUCGAGAAGAACAAGGGUCUUGCACCUAAGCGUAACAAGCUCAACCGCAACCCACGUGUCAAGAAGAGGAUGCGCUUUGAGGACAAGAAAAAGAAGCUUCGUAGCGUUCGCCAGGUUUACAAGGGUGGUGAGGGCCGUGGUGGCUACGCCGGUGAACUUACCGGUAUUAAGAAGAACCUGGUCAAGAGUGUCAAGCUUUAG